CAGUGCGUUCGUUUUUUUGUUUCUAAUCGUUAAUCGAUCAGUGAGUUAGUGAAGCGUGAAAGUUCAUUUAGACUAUAUUACAAGAGACAAAUAUUACUUACGCAUUAUUGCACAAUGGACUUCAAAAGUCUUUCCCAAUACGAUGAUGUCCUGACUGAUUAUUUUGUGGAUAAACUCCAUUUGUGGUUCAAUACUACGCGCAUGAAUGCUUCUAUGGAUUGUACCUUUGAUGAACGUGAUGAAGCAAUCAGAAUCAUUCAAAAGGAUAUUCUGGUAAAAGGAUCUACAUCUGUUGCUGCUAAAAAUGCUGCUGCCUCGUUCUUAAAACUUCCCUACUUUAAGAACCUUACCAAAAAUUAUAGCCAAACAGAGCUUAAAAACUUUAAACACCACCUUAGUCUUUACUUAUACAUGUUUUCCCCCAGAGCUGGCUACGAGAUAGCUUCCACCGUCAGGUAUACUGGUGAAAUGGAAGGUUGCGUUCUUGCAAUCAGAGACUGGCAAGCUGGCGAGAAGGUUUCAUGUUGUGUUGGUACUGUUGCCAUACUUUCUGAAGAAGAUGAUCAAGCGUUACGCGAUGAAGGACGUGACUUUAGCGUCAUGAUCUCCACAAGAUAUAAUACUGCACGCUUAUUUCUUGGUCCCGCCAAAUUCAUGAAUCAUGAUUGCGAAGCUAAUUGUCGCUUUGUUGCGGAAGGUAGCAGAGUGACCUUUUAUACUACCAAACCGAUCAAAUGUGGCGAAGAAAUGACUGUGUUCUAUGGAGAUCAUUAUUUUGGUGAUGGUAACUGUGAAUGCCGCUGCGCAUCAUGUCAGAGGUAAACACCCUUCCAAUCUAUUCAUAGUUUAUAUUAAUGGGCUAACAGCUUUACAGUAAUCAGCGCGGUCAUUACGCACCUCCGCUCAGUCAGGCAUCAACUACAGGAG